UACGUACGUGCUACCUUCGUAACAAAAGCAUUUAACUUUUAUAUUGAUGUUUUACAUAACAAAUAACAUUUGACAACGUUUUAUUCUGCUUCAAAAUGAGCAAUCGAGAGAACAAAACAGCUCGUGACUCGAAGGAUGCGACAAAAACUGGGGCUGGCACUUAUGAUGAGCACGAGAGACCAAUUAGGUCACGUGAUUCCAGUAGCCGAGAAGCUGGAGGUGGAACGACUGCAAGAAAAGAGCACCGAGAUGACAGUGGGCGCAAUAGUUCAACAGCUAUCAGUAAGAAGGGUGGAGAGGAGAAGAGAGGACAAGGGUUCCACCGGAUGUCCAGGAGCAACUCCUCCAUCGGAGCCUCCUUAGAUCUCCUCACAGCUCAGCAGGAAGUCGCAGGACAGAAGCAGGUGAACAAGGAGGAGGCUAGGCGUCUGAAGCAAUUGUCUCUCAAAUUGGAACAGGAGAGGAAACUCAUCAACCAACACAGAGCUAAUCUAGAGAAAGACAAGGAGGUUCAUCGGAAGGAGCAGAAUCAGUUGCAGGACAGAAAGAGAGACUUGAAGAAGCGGGAGAGUGAGGUGGAGGAUUUGAGGAGUAAGAAUGAAACAGAGCAGAACAGACUGAACAGAUGGCACGCUGACCUGGACACCAGAGAAAAAGUCAUCAAUCAAAAGGAGAAGAAGCUGCUGCGAAGUCAGCAGGAGUUUGAGGAGCACAAAAAGAGGGAGAUGUUGGCAGUGCAUACUCAGAGACAGACGGACAUUGACAGUGUGAAAGAGGAAAACGAUCGACUCAGGGCACAGAUGUUGAAAGAGAUAGAAGAGCGGCGUGAGAUGGAGAGGAGUUACAUACAGAGGGACCAGGAGGUGUUGAGGCAGGAGAGAAUCAACCAGCAGAGGAAGACAGAGUUGGCAGACCAGAGUCUCCAGACCAGAGAAGCCGGUCUCAGAGACGGCGAACAGGCACUGCUACAUGAGAAGCGGAAACUCAAUAUGGAGAAGGAUAGGCUGGACCAGAUGAGACACGAGAUUGAGUUGCUGAAGAGCCAGGUGAGUCUGGAGAACAAAGUGAAGGAGGAGAAUGCUCAGUUGGCAGCCAGACUGCUGGAGGAGAAGCGCCAGACAGACGAAGCCAUGAACAACCGGAUGAGGGACAAACUCAAAGUCGAGAUUUCUAAAAAGGAGAAAGAAAUCGAACAACGACAGAACAAAUACGAGAAACACAAUCUGUCGGCCGAGAACGAAAUAGACCACGCGAAGAAAAACAACGACCGGAAACUAGAUGAGAAAGAGAAACUGGUAGAGCUGAGAGCCGAACAGAGCGCGAAAAUACUCAAAGCACAGCAGAAGAGUUGGGAGACGACCCAGUUUGAGAAGAUCAAGAGCCUAAGUGCCAGCAUAGUCAGCUGAAUAGACACCACAUACAGUGCCAAAAACAACAAAACCCAUUUACAGUUUAACCUAUUUUUGCAGCUCAAAUUGGAAACUUGAAAAAAAUAU